UCCAAAGUAUCAUUAAUGUGGACUGUUGAAAACAAUGGCACAGGAAGUACGCUGGCGAACACCUGGCAAGACGCGGUUUACCUGUCAAAUUCUCCAACUGUACAAAAUAACUCGACAAAACUUGCUGACUCCUUCCUCAGACAAGCUUUAAGUCCCGGGCAGAGUUACACCGAGGUUUCAUUUAUGAAGUUACCAUCUGAUACAUCUGGAACUUAUUAUUUCGUUUUGAAAGUCAACGAGGGCGGCUCUGUGGUUGGAAAAGGUGUGCUGGUGAACAACUUAGCUUGGAUUCGUGCUGAAAUUUUACCAAAACCACUGCCAGACUUAGCCAUUGUAGAUGUAUCUUUUGUUUUUGAAGAAAAACGUCGUUUUUUGACGGUUUUGUGGUCAGUGGCAAACUUUGGCAGCUGGAUGCGCGAGCCUUUAUCUUGGGUGGACAGCGUAGUAUUCUCGUCCUCACAAGGCGUCAUCGAUGGCAAAGAUGCCCGUGUCAUGGCAUCUGAAACCGUUACUGCUAAACUAGAUGAACAGCAAGAGUACCAGCUUUCCGCUACUUUACAGAUUGGCGAAAACGUAAUCGGAAAGUUUUACGUGCAUGUAGUUACAAACUCCAACAAAACCUUCUCUGAAGUCUCUGGAACUUCAAAUAAUAUCGGUGUUUCAAGGGAAGUCCUCAACGUUCCACCUCCCCCGGCACCUAGGUUAAUCCUGACUAUUAUUUCAAGUUUACCGUCCCAGAUCACCCUUGGAGUUCCUUUCUCCAUCAAGUUUCGGGUACAGAACGAGGGACUUGUUGCAACGAAGAAAACAUCAUGGACAGAUGCGAUUUACGCUUAUGGAAAAAAGGAUGCAAAUCGGACAGAGGUCAUCGAGGGAGGAACGAAAUUAAAGCACAUUCCCCACAUAGGAGCCUUGGAAGCUAAUUCGUUUUAUGAAGAAAGUAUCAACGUUUCAAUUCCACAUGGAUUUCGUUCUUCUGCUUUCAUUCAUGGCUUUGCAGACAUCCACAGCCCUUUUACACCGUGGCCAGAGAUUGUUGAACCCAUCAAUAACACGCAGCUUAAUGUCACGCAUCCUAAUGUCACACAGCCUAAUGUCACGCUACCAACUGUGACACCAACUGUUCUGACGCCUAUAGUUAUUAAAGUAGGACUGUUACCAGAUCUGCAAGGCUCACUGGGAAACUCAAAAGUGCAAACGCGUGGUGGCCAGCCACUGAAUGUCACUUUCAACGUCACAAACUCCGGGGAAUCACCUGUACGUGGUGCGUGGUACAAUGCGCUGUAUCUCAGCCAGGACGUGCUGAUCGACCCAUUUGACCGCAAACUUGCCACUGUAAGAGCAACUAAUCUCGCCGUGAACGACACUGUGUCCUUGAGCGCUGAGGUCUUCAUUCCCUUUGACACUCUUGACUCGGACUACUACCUGUUACUGUCAGUGGACAGCAAAAGCGCCAUAUGGGAGAGUGAUGAACUGAAUAACGACGCUUACCAUCUGAUAAAGAUAAACAAGACAUUUAGCAGUGACUUGGCGGUAGUGUCUGUUUCCUCAUCCAGUGGAGAAUUCUCCUAUGGCCAAGAUGUCACAGUAAACUGGAGAAUAAGAAACAAUGGCAGCCAACGCACAGAAGGAUAUAAAUGUGAUACCGUUUACUUAUCAGAAGACGAUAAAUGGCAGAUACAAGACGUUAGGUUAGGCCGGCCAAUCUGUUCAUACGUCAUCCUGGAACCCUCCAAUGGAGGUUCAAACCGAGACACGUCAUACUCUUCAACGAGUGAGCUGCCGCUGACAGCCGUGGGCGCAUAUCGCAGCCUCGUGAAAACCCGUGGUAACAUUAUAGAUCAGAACCUGCAAAAUAACAUAGCUGUUGGGCCAAAACAUAUUAACGUUACAUUUCCAAAUCUUCCUCUCGACGGCUGCGUAGAUGUCACCUUAAAGCCAGACGAACAAUCUUCUUUCAUUAUAGACAAUGUCCCGGAUGGAAAGACUCUCAUUGUUUCCAUAAAUAGUAGUAAUGAUGAUGCGUUCCAUGACCUUUACGUCAGACACUCUAAACCGGCAACCGCUUACCAAUAUGACGGUGGAUCAAGGCUUGCCCUGUCCGCCGACCAAGAGGUGGUCAUUUCCGAAACAGUCUUUGGAAAAUACUACGUUCUAAUGACCCGCCGACAAGAUAUGUCCAUCUCUGCGCCGAUUACCCAACCAUCGCGAUUGUGCUCGCACAUAGCAAAGUUUGAAAUCGCUCGGGUAUUCCCUAGUCAAGUGGCUCCGCUGGGAAACGCCACGUUGCGCUUAGAAGGGGCCCUGUUUGGACAACAUCUGGAAGCUUUUCUCGUGAGUGCAUCUUCGGAAGAUAACUUUGUCGAAGCAGUAAAGGUGUAUCGAAUGAGUUCAAUUGAAGUGUAUGCUACCUUCACCACAAGAAACCUAACCAUUGGUACCACAUUUCAUGUGAAACUUGUCAACACUGAGUCAAAAGAAAUAGCCACAUUGCCCGGUUCUUUGGUGAUAACAAGUGGUGAGGCUGGACGAUUAGAAACGUAUGUAGACUUUCCAGAAGCUGUGCUUGUGGGUUCUCCAGGCGUGAUAACAGUCACCUAUGAAAAUGUUGGAGACACUGAUAUAGUUAGCUCAGUAUUGGCUGUUCGUGUUGUCGGUGGCCUAGCUCAACUUCGCCCUGUCCAAAAAGCUGCAUCAUCGGGCCAAUUCUCUUCCACUGUGGUCUUUUUAGCUCAACCUCUUCAAGGCCCAGGCGGCAUUUUGCCUCCAAAGGCUUAUGGGGAGAUGGUAUUUGACUUCGAGUCUCUCGCAGGCGGAGUGACACAAAGCAGAUUUAGUCUUCAAAUGUUGGACGAAAAUGAUAGAGCUCACCCUUAUCUGAACAGCAGUGAAGAUCUGAAACCAGAGUUUCUCAGCAGUUUACUGUGGGCUCCAGUUUGGAAUAACUUGCUUAUUUCCGUUGGGAAGACAGCCGCCACAUUCCAACAAAGGAUGUCAGCGGUCAGUACCUUGCUCAGCAAGUCUGGAAGAAGAGUCAACUUGGUGAAUGAUCUUAUCCAGUUUCAACUUGAUAUUGCAAACGGAAAACUGACUGGAGAUCCUUUGUUAUCUGAGGAUGACAUAACAGGUCAGUCCGCUAAAGAUUUGGCCCUGCCUUUGCUGCUACAAAGAAUCUACAGCCCGCUGAUAUCAAAACGAAGACAAAAGGGUGUUUUUGGUAAUGGUUGGAUUGCACCUUGGUGGGAGGCUGAAAUCACACAAAUUACACCAGAGACCAUUAAAAUUGUACAAUUACGUGAAGAGCUGGUGUUUAAAGCUGACUCAUCAGCUGGGCUGUACAAGUCAUUUGAUGGAAAGGAAGUUUCUGUUAACGACACAGAUGUUCUUUUCACCGACUCCAGCACCACUACCGUGUAUAUUUUUGAUUCCGUCAUGAAGAACCUGAAAGAGCUCCAGAGAGGAAAUGAGACGAUCACCGUCGAAUAUUCACAAAACAGAUCAUCGACUUUCACUCAUUCGUCGGGAGGAAAAAUCUCUGUGAAAUACAACGACAAAGGACUUGUACGAGAGGCGCAAUUUGAAGAUGGAUCGGGUAAAAAACAGAGAUGUUUCUACACAUACAGUUGGGACACUGGGUCUCUUUUGUCAGUCACUGUUGGUGAACAAAUCACUCGUUACACCUACAACAUUCACGGCGAUCUUACAAGUAUUAUUUACCCUACCUCGUCCACUGUCAAGUACUCAUGGAACCAGUAUGGACUCCUGAGUAACGUCACAGGUUUUAACAAGGAAAACAAGUUCAUCUACGGAACACAUUUCUCGUACGACUGGAAUGGAAAGGUGACCGUGACCAGACUUCCACAAGGAGACUCGGCUGAGCUUUUCUUUAACGAGAAAGGAAAGGUGAUGGACAUAAAGGGUGCUGGUCUUGGCGAUGUACGUUUUGAAAGUUUUAAAAAUGAUGACGAGGUUGUUAAAACUGUGAAACAAGGAGACCAGAUUGUGUUGACAAGGAAGUACAACGUAAAGACACAUAUAAUGACAGUUAUUGACGCAAACGGCCACGAUACAGAAUUCCUCUUACAGAAAAAUGGGGAAGUCUUGAACACGACGGAUCCAGGAGGCUUCGUUUAUCAGAAUAUCUACGAUGGCAAGGCUCAAAUGAUCAAAUUCAUAUACCCAGAUGGUAGAAAUGAACUAACAGACUACGACGACAAAGGGCGACUGGUGAAGUUUACUGGUAGAGCUGGAAAGGAAGUCAAGUUCGGAUACGAUGAAAAUAACCGACUUGUAAAAAAAGAUGUCGAUGAUCUCAGCUCUUCGUAUUUCUUACAUGAUAGCGACGGUAAUAUUGUCCAAGCAAUGAAUGGCAUCGGUACGAUCGAUGUUGCUUAUGACGGUGAAAACAGACCAACUAGUGUCACGUAUCCAAACCGUCAAAGCAUCACUUACAAGUACAAUGAAUUCCAACGUCGCGUGGGGCUAAAAGUGUCCGGGUUAAACAUAGUGUACAAGUAUGACCAGCUUAACCGGUUAUCGGAAGUGGUUCGCGUAGACUCAAGGGGCACGGCCGACGUUCUGCUGAGACUGGAAUACAACUCACAAGGGAUGUUAUCUAAACGAGUCCUUGGAAACGGAGGUUAUUCUGAGUACGAGUUAGAUCCAGUUAAUUCAAAGCUGUCUCGUUUAGUAAAUUAUUUCCCAAAUGGCAGCAUCUCCUCUUGCUUUGAGUACAAUUACGACAAAAAAGGACGAAGAAUUCAGGAAAAUACAACAUCUGGUAUCUGGCGGUACAAAUACGACGCAGCAUCGCAGCUAAUAGAGGCAAAAUAUCCACACGGUAAAAUUGUUCGAUACACCUACGAUAAACGAAAAAAUCUAGAGCAGGUUUCAGAAGAGCCUGGUAACAAGACUUUAUAUUCUGUCAAUGAAAUCAACCAGUACACUUCAGUAGGAAAUUAUGAGAUCAAAUAUGACAUGGAUGGAAAUGUGGCGGAAAAGACAAAUAGAGAUCUACGGAAUGACAGUGUCAAAUUCAAGUUUAGUACUGAAAAUAUGUUACUGCAAGCUGAAACUCCGAACAAAAGGUGCAAGUAUGCGUAUGACAGCUUUGGAAACUUGUACAAGAAAACAUGCGGCCAAAAUGAAGUGCAAUAUAUAAUUGAUCCUUUUGGGAAUCCUGGAGCUGAUAUUGUUGGCCAGAUUACCGGUGAAAAUGUGACAUAUUUUAUUCACUGCCAAGAUCUUGGAUUAGUUGCUUUGAUGGACACGGAUGGAAAUCUAUAUUAUUAUGAGUUUGACGCGCAGGGGUCUGUCGUAGGAGUACUGGGUCCCAGAGGUGAUCUAGUUAAUCGGUACAGUUAUGACCCGUUUGGUAGGAUAUUAGAAGUCUAUGAAGAGUUGCCCCAGGACUUCACGUUCGUUGGUCAAUGGGGAGUGACCGCUGAUCGUGAACUAAGAGAUAUAUACUGGAUGCGGUUCAGGCACUAUGAUGCACAGCUUGGAAGAUUUCUUAGCUUCGACCCACUUGGUUUUUCAGGAAAAAGUAUCAAUCUAUACUCGUAGGCAGCCAACAAUCCUAUCAUGCUGAAAGAUCCUCGAGGAAAAGUUAUUCCCUUAGCCGUUCUAGCCGCUGGAGCCCCGGGAGCAAUUAUUGGUGCAUCGACAAAUGUUGCUUCUUAUUAUGCCACUCAGAAGUUACUUGGUCAGAAGGUAACCACUGGAGGAGUCGUGUCAAGCGCCAUAGGAGGGUUCGUCUCUGGAUACUUUAAAAGACAACAAAUCGUAGCUGGGUUUGUAAUUAGCUUUGGAAGCUCAGUACUACAGCAAGGAAUUGAUAAUGGUAUUUCGAAUAUAAACUUGCGACAGGCGUUAGAAAGUGGUGUAACUAGUGUGAUCUCGUCGCCCAUAACACCUCUGAAGAGACCAAAAUGGAGAACAGGGUAUUCACCAGUGGACAACUUCGUAGACGAUAUCUACGAUAAGACUGUUAAAAAUAUUUUUGUUCCACCGCUGGGAAAAGACCUCGUCAAUAAGAUAAUCGACUGGGUUCGGUCCUGGGAUCCGAAUGACAUGAUUGGUCCCCCUGGAUAUGGAGACGCACGCUUUAUUUCUUUGAAGACUCCUCUGAACUAGAAGAUCAGGUUUGAGAAUGAUCCAAAUGCAACCGCACCUGCGCAGAACGUGAUUAU